UGCGGUCUGAGACUUCUAUGGAGUAAGAGAGAAGGUUUUGAGAGCUCGAUUUUUGCUCUGAAUUUUCUCCUUGAGUGUGAGGUCUGCAACUUCCACACAGAGAGGAAUUUGAGAGUUCACAAAAAGGGAAAGUUUUCAAUUAAAAAUAAAAAUCUGAUGAAAUGCUAUAUAAUAAAGUGGGACCCGUGAUUAAUCGGGUUAAUGCUCGGCAAAACGCCUGACUCGCAUCCUAAGGGACAAAUAGCCUUAUCUUCUUUCUAUCAGUUUGGCUUCCACUUCCCGGCUGCAGGCAUGGCUUCCAUAUUCCCACAAUUCCUCUCAACUCCAAACUCUCACCCACUAAACCAUCUCCUCCCAACCCAAACCACCACAAACCCACCCCAGCUUUCCACCCACAGCCCACACAGAAAACACUUGUCCCUCACCACAUGCACUCCUCCAAACUCUACUCAACCAGAUUUUCCAAGUCCAGACGCUGAAACCACCACCAGUGCAGAGACAUUUCCGAUCGAAAAGCGCAGAAAAUCAGAAAUCACCAGGGACAGGAGGAGGUCAGAAACUGGCCUUGUAAAGCCUGAGCCACCCAACUUUGAGAUUGGUUGGAAGAGAACCAAAGAGAUAAAGCUAGAGAAGCCAAUAGGGUAUGUGAUAGCUGACUUCUUGGAGAAGUUGGAGAGCUUAAUGGGAAAAGAAUUUGGUUCCGCUGACUUGUUGGUGAAAGUUGCAGAGAUUGUGGCUGAGAGAGCAAGAGAGGAAGCAGAGGUGUUGAGAGAUGAAGGCAAAGUGGAAGACAGAAUGGUGACCGAGUUGUUUAGGGUGUUGAAGUUGAUAGAAAUGGACAUGGUUAUGAUAAAGGCUGCAGUGAAGGAAGAGACUUUGAAUGAGAGGCUUGAGCAGGCCAAGGCACGCUGCAGGCAAGCUAUACUUGUUGCUUUGUCUUUUUGAAAAAGCUAAUUUAGCAAUGUGACAAUGGUGGAUAGGAUAUUUUGCUUUUCAUGAGGGUCUUUGUUCUAAUGGAGAGUGCGCCAUGAAAAAAUAACAAGCUUCUAAAUGUACAUUUGGUUUUGGCAAAUGGUUCUCUUCCAACUCAUUUUAAGAGUGCGGAAAAGAGACGAGUUGAUGUGUCUAGUAUUAUUGAACGCCGAAAUAUAUUCAAUCAAUUUGCCCGUGAA